UUUUCUGUCUUCGUUUACUCGUCGACAGAGAAGGGUGCGCCGAAAGUCUGAAAACAUGUUUUGUGUAUUGCAAGAGAACGGGUUUUCCAACUAAAAAUGCAUUUUAUACUUUAACAACAGUGUGAUACUAGAUUUUACCAAAUCUAGGGAUAUACCUUUAAUGUAUUUUUCUAAUUUUGUAGUGUAAAACGAGUUCGUGAACAAGAACGGUGUUAUUUUGAUUGUUAAAGUGAGUGAACUUAAUCAAAAUGGCGCAUCAAAUGCCCCCGUCGGUGAACUGUUCACUGGAUGAUAUCGACUUGACAGCACUUAAGGACCCAGCAGGAAUCUUUGAGCUGAUCGAAGUCGUUGGGAACGGCACUUAUGGACAAGUUUACAAGGGUCGACAUACAAAAACUGGACAGCUCGCCGCCAUUAAAGUCAUGGACGUCACGGAAGACGAAGAAGAAGAAAUUAAGUUGGAAAUUAACGUACUGAAGAAAUAUUCAAACCAUCGAAACAUCGCGACUUACUAUGGAGCGUUUAUUAAGAAAUCACCACCUGGGAAGGAUGAUCAGUUGUGGCUGGUCAUGGAAUACUGCGGAGCGGGGUCGGUAACGGAUCUGGUGAAGUCUACCAAAGGGCAGUCCUUAAAAGAGGAGUGGAUAGCGUACAUUUGUCGGGAAAUACUCAGGGGAUUGUCCUAUUUACAUACGAAUAAGGUCAUACACAGAGAUAUUAAAGGCCAGAAUGUUUUACUAACUGACAACGCUGAAGUUAAAUUAGUGGAUUUCGGCGUAUCAGCCCAACUGGACCGGACAAUUGGACGUCGUAAUACAUUCAUCGGUACCCCCUACUGGAUGGCCCCCGAAGUUAUAGCUUGCGACGAAAAUCCCGAUGCCACAUAUGACAAUCGCAGUGAUCUUUGGUCUCUCGGUAUUACUGCCCUGGAAAUGGCAGAAUCUCAGCCUCCGUUAUGUGAGCUGCAUCCCAUGCGGGCUCUCUUCCUAAUUCCAAGAAACCCUCCACCACGACUGAAAAGUAAAAAAUGGAACAAAAAAUUCCACGGCUUUAUCGAGACUGUGCUAGUAAAAGACUACCACGAACGGCCUUACACAGAGCAGCUGCUCAAACACUCUUUCAUUAGGGACCAACCAACAGAGAGGCAGGUAAGGAUUCAGUUGAAAGAUCACAUCGAUAGAUGUAAAAAGAGAAAGCAGGAGAAAGAGAGAGAAGACUACAGAUACUCGGGAUCUGAGAACGAAGAGGAAGAGCCUCAGGUCGCCGGAGAACCUAGUAGUAUUAUUCAAGCACCAGGUGGUGAUACUUUACGAAGGAACUUCCAGCAAAUUCAAGAAGGGCGCACCCUUAGCCAAGUUGAACCUCCUCCAAGGGGUGGUAAAAAUAAAGAUAGGGAAGAAAUUCCAGAGCCAGGACCACCCGCUAGACCUCCAAUUCCUCAACGAAUGAUAGUUGUUCCAGAUCCAGCUCCUCCCCGAAGGCCUUUACCGCCACCUCCUGACAACAACUUUGGCGCACCGAAGUCUCAAAAUCAACAACAGCAAAGAAACUCGCAGCACCAAUUCAAGCCGAUGCAGGGUCCUGCACGUAAGCCUGAGGAACUGGAUGCUCUGGCUGCUCAUUUGAACGAACUCGGCGUACAACAAACGAACCAACCGGAGGCGCCACCCCGGAACAGAAACUACAAGCAAUCACAAUCGGCAUCUAAUAACAAUGUUACAACUCCAAGCUCAGCGGUGAAUCACACACCGACCAAUCAAGGCGGCAAUAAUAUUGAUAGUUUAGUUGAUAGUGAGACUGAUUCCGAACCAGAAGACAACGGUAGAGUAAGGAAUGAUGGAACGCUGUUGGCUAGCGAUCCUCCCAAACCGCUUCCCGAAUUCUCUUACAGAGCCGGUCUAGGUGUAGUUCCGGAAGGGACAGCGAGCGUAUCGAGUCCAGGAGCCACUGCAGGAUCUGGAUCAAGUUCCUCCAGUGCUCCCAACAGACCGUUACCUCCAACUCCAGACGACGAUGAAUCUCAAGGCGAUAGAACACUUGUGUUGAGGAAGCAGUCCGCAGCUAAUAUAGGUGAAAAAAAGAAAAAGGCAGAAGAUAUUGACGAGGCGACCCUACUCAAAGAUUGGGAUUUCGACAAAUUUUUCCCUACGAAACUUCCCAAUACCGCAUCUUCAUCUUCUUCUACUUCCAACAGUUCUGGAAAUAAGAAAGAAGACAAAAACAAGGGCCACAGGCGAAUGGAAAGCGAUUCGAAAGUCUCAAAUCCGUUCUUGAGGGGUUUCCGAAGAGAAAACUCUGACUUUUUCCCAUUGAGUUCAAGACAUUCGGCCAUAUAUAUCGAUAAAAAUGCUAGAUCUAGUGGUAUAUUUAACAAUCGUAGAGGUUCUGAUGUAGGAAUUAGUAAAAAGACGACCGGUGAACCCGUUCUUAUGGACUAUGUUAAAAAAACAGAUUCUCUUAUCACUUCGACACCUAAAAAAGACAACAACCACAAUUUUUCCGAAAAACCCGAAAUAGUAAGUUUCGUCCGACCUAGGAGAGAAAAAACCGAGUCUGAUUUAGUACUGAGGCAUUCCGAAGCUCGCAGGAGUAUUAGAGAAACCCUCGAAGCUCGACGAAGGGAAGUAGAGGCUCAAUUUGCCAAGGAGGCCGAAAGUAUGCGCAGACGCAGUUCCAAACCGAUCGAGAUGAAUGCUCUGAACAUUUCGAAUAUUUCAAGCUCCUCUGCAGGAUCGAACGUUACUGUGGGCGAUGAAUUUUCUUUUAUUCAGAAUGGCAGAAGCAACGAUCAUCCUAGACAAAGUGUCUUACCGGAUUUACUUAGCCAAGCUAGUGGUAGUCCAGGUACUCCCUCUACUAGGGAUAAGUCAUCAAAUGAAGAGUUUCACAUAACCCCUCCGUCCUCAAUUAAAAAACCGUCUCCACAAACAAGUCACCUACAUGCUAACGCUCUUGCCUUGCAACAGAAACAGCGGUCGUUCCUGGCCUUCGGCUUCGGAGCGAGUUCGGCGCCAUCUAGACGAGAAUCACAUGUCAACGUCAACGUGACGCCGACGUCGCACGACAUGUUGUCGGACACGCCUGAAAUUAGGAAGUACAAGAAACGGUUCAACAGCGAAAUUCUGUGUGCCGCGCUAUGGGGGGUCAAUCUUCUCAUAGGCACCGAACAUGGACUGAUGCUUCUGGAUAGAAGCGGACAAGGUAAAGUUUAUCAAUUAAUUUCGAGGCGAAGAUUCCAGCAAAUGGAAGUUCUCGAAGGCCAAAAUAUUCUUGUAACCAUAUCAGGAAAGAAAAAUAGGGUUAGAGUAUACUACCUCAGUUGGUUGAAGAGUAAAAUAUUAAGGACAGAUGGCGCUAGUGAUCAAGUGGAAAGGCGAAAUGGUUGGAUCAACGUAGGAGACCUCCAAGGUGCAGUCCACUUUAAAAUAGUUAAAUAUGAAAGGAUAAAGUUCCUGGUGAUCGCCCUAAAAGACAGUAUCGAAAUUUACGCGUGGGCGCCGAAACCUUACCACAAAUUCAUGGCUUUCAAGUCGUUCUGUGAUCUCCAAUAUAGACCGUUGUUGGUGGACCUUACAGUCGAAGAAGGGACACGCUUGAAGGUUAUUUACGGAAGUAGUGAUGGUUUCCAUGCUGUAGAUUUAGACUCAGCCAGCGUAUAUGAUAUAUACCUCCCUAAAAUCGCGCAGAAUGGAAUUUGUCCACAUUGUAUAGUUACUCUACCAAACAGUAAUGGUAUGCAACUUUUACUGUGCUAUGACAAUGAGGGUGUGUACGUUAACACGUACGGUAGGAUAGCUAAAAAUAUGUUGCUCCAGUGGGGCGAAAUGCCAACUUCCGUGGCCUACAUCGGCACGGGCCAAAUCAUGGGUUGGGGCAACAAAGCCAUAGAAAUCCGCUCAGUCGAAUCAGGACACUUAGACGGUGUGUUUAUGCAUAAAAAAUCGCAGAGGUUAAAGUUUUUGUGCGAGCGGAACGAUAAGGUGUUCUUUUCUAGUGCAAAAAGCGGUUCCUCGUGUCAAAUAUAUUUCAUGACACUCAACAAACCGGGAAUGGCGAACUGGUAACAAUUUGGUUGAGGGUUACCAUUCGGUGGUUAAGCACCAAGAAAGCUUAAGCUGACUAUACUUCCAGAUGCGUUGUUUUAUUGAAAAUGCUUCCAAUAUAUUCUAUUAUUAAUUACUUUCUUGAAACUUAUAAGUAUUUUACCUAAAUCUACAGGGUCGUUCAAGACUGUGCCCUUUACGAAAAUGUGGAAUUGUGAAGAAUUUUUUUAGGAAAAUUGUGUAAUGUUAUUAAAUCAUUGUUUAAAUCCUUAUAUGUUACAAUUUAUACAUUUUCCCUAUAUAUUAGAAAUUAGAAUUGGAACAGGAAGUCCCAUUAAUUUAGGGUGUAAAAAAAGGGCAGGUCAUAAAUUAAAUCACAUAUUGAUUGAUCCCAACUUACAUUAGUACAAAUGGGCACAUAAAAAAGUGACCCUUUGAAGUUACAAAAUGAAAAUCGAGUUUUCCAAUAUAUCAAAAACUAUUAGAGGUUUUUAUUUAAAAAUGGACAUGUGGCAUUCUUAUCGCAGGAACAUCCUAAAAAAAUAACAGUGAAAUUUGUGCACCCCAUAAAUAUUUUAUGGGGUUGGUUUUGUUCCCUUAAACCCUCCCAAAUUUUUGUGUACGUUCCAAUUCAAUUAUUAUUGUGGCAACAUUAGUUAACACAAUAUUUUUAAAACUUUUUUGCCUUAGUAGUUUUUUGAUAAGCCAGUUUUUAUAGAGAUAUUUUGAACAUUUGUAAAAUCCACGACCUAUUUAUAUAUGGUUACGUAAGAUUAUAGAAUUUGGUUUUCAUAAUAUUAUUACCAGGUUUCUACAAUCUUAACUUAACCUUAAUCUUAAUUCUAUACAAAUAUGUGGUGGAUUUUACAAUAAUUGUAAAAAAUAUCUCGAUAAAAACUGAGUUGUCGAAAAAGUACAAAAGUAAGAGGCAAAAAAGUUUUAAAAACAAGGUGUUUAACUAAUAGCAAAACAACGUACGCAAAAAUUUGGGGUGGUUGUAAGCGAACAAAACCUUCAAAAAAUUUUUAUGGGGUGCAGAAUUUUCAGCUAUUUUUUUUAAGAUGUUCCUGCCACAUGUCCAUUUUCAAUAAAAAAUCUCUAGUAGUUUUGAAUAUAUUGGAAAAAAUCUAUUUUCAUUUUGUAACUUCAAACGGCUGUAACUUUUUUUAUGUGCACAUUUGUACUAAGGUAAGUUGGGUUCAAUCAAACUAUUUUUGGUCUCAGAAUAUGUGAUUUAACUUAUGACCUGCCUUUUAAUUACACCCUAUAUAUUAUGAAUGAAAAAAGAUAAACAAGGACAAUGGAUAUUAAAUCUACAAUACAUCAGUGUUUUGCUAAGCGUUUGCCGUUGGCAUAACGUACCAACAUGUAGAGAAUACUUUAUACAUAAUAGUACAAUAAAUUAAGCAGAAUACAUCUAAUGGAAAAACGGACUUUCAAGAAGAAUGGACAACAAAAAUAGCUUGUCCUAUAAGUACUAUUUAUUUAGAAAUUAUAAUAAGUUCCUAUAUACCAUUUCCACAUCUAACAUUUUUGUAAUCUGAACCGUACUCAGUGUUUUAUGUGUUGUGUCCUAUUUUGAAUACUAGUCAAGAAAAAAAUACUUCUCGUUCAAAACAAAUGAAUCUUUCUUCCGUUUUUGAUAGAACGGCGCAUCUAGAUUACCAGCUUGCACUUGUUAAGAGGAUACAUAAGUAUGUAUGUGUGAUCGCUGAAAAAUAGUGAUUGAAUCUAGUACUGUAAAUGAUUAUGUCUAGGCAAGUGAUGUGAAAUGUGAAAGAAGUCUUUUUGAUAUAUAGACGGACGAUGUUUUUAUUUUGUUGCUUAGUUAGGUAGAAUAGCAAAAUUGUGAACUGUAAAAAUAUCAAAGGUUCUGUUUGGAAAUAUAGAAGCUUAUACAGAAAAACUGGUUUAAAGCAAAAAUUUAAGUGAUUAUACUUUAUCCCUUAUUUCUGUUUUUGUAUCAUGUUUUAUUUAUCUCAACAAGUAAUUUCUUUAUUAACCGGUUUUAACCAUGGACUCAUUCCUAUUAUAAGACCAACAUGGUAAAGUUUGAGGAAGAUUCGUAUUUUCAAACAGAAUUUUAACGUGGUAACAAAUUCCUUGCAGUGUCAAACCAACGUUCCUUUUUCCGCAAAAAGUGCAAGUUUCAGUCAAAAAUUACACAAACCAAAAACUCAAACUAGAAGUGGUUAAAUAAAAACUACAGCACUUUUUUGAAAUGAUAUAUUUGUGAUUAAUUUUUUUAGAUUCAAUUAAUUUCGACCAAAAAAGUCAAAUACUGAUUGUAACAAUGUUGUUGAUCUGGUUGCCCUAUUGGUAUCAAAAAAUUAAUUUGACGUAUAAAUUACAUCCAAUAAAGCUUUGCUUGGCUCAAUGGAAAGUAAACUAGACUUUUAUUAAGAAUAAAAUAUAGCCGUAGCUCCACAAUGGAACAUCACAUAGUAGAAGCUUCAACUCCUUACAUUUUUCAAUUACAUUUACAUUCAACUCCUUACGUCUAAGCCUCUACUCCUUACUGUAAUAUCUUAGGGAUGCUUGUUUUGCCUUCUUUUAAUUUCUGCAUAUUGACAAGUUUUGCUUUGUAUAGUGUCUUUCGAAAAGACCAAUAGAUUCAUUUCAGGUGAUCGAGGAGCCCAUUCGAUAAAACCACUAGUCUUCCAAUCCAUCUCUUUUCAACGUGUUACUUACAAUAUUUUCUAACUUCAACAGCAUAGUGAGUUCCUUCUUCUUUUCAAACAAAACAGUCCUUAUAGGUGUUGCCUAAAAGUUAUACAGCAUGAAAUAGCUAAAUUAAACGACAUGAAAAUUCGUUACUUGGGUUGAAAAAUGUCGAGCCAACUCAGGGAACAUCCAUAAACUACGUCGUAAAAAAUUCGGACUUUUCAAUACCCUCCUCACUUCCGUCGUAAAGCGUCGUUUACAGUUGACCCCCCCUCAUACCGACGUCGCAAUUUCAACUCAUAACCCCCCCCCCCCUUUUAGUGAUUUUUUUUAGUUAGCUAUCAAAGUUUAAUUAGUUGCUAUGUAGCUCAUUAAUAUCCGCUACUUUUUUUUCUCAAUUCACUGUACAACUAAUUAUUGGGACAAAAGACAAUACUUUUAUAGGAGUUCCGAUAUGCUUUCUUAACUGCAUCAUACAAAUCUUGAUACUUAUUUUGUUUUGAUUUCAAUACCAUUUCUUUCAUUAAGUAUAAAUACAAUGUACUAACUAAAUAAAAUAGAAUAUUUUAUUUCUAUUCAUUCUUGUAGAAUUGUUUCACACAGAGUAGUCAGUAAAUAAAUGAACAGUUUAAUAUUUAUUGCUUCCAGACGUUGUUCUGUAUAGAAGCGUUUGUUUAAAUAUAUAGAACAAUGUUUUAUUGUUUGCUAUUCUGUAACUGCUAGCAAAUUAUUAAGGCUGUGAGUGAUAAAAACGAAAUGAAGUAUGCUAUAAAAGUAAUAUACAUACUAAUUCUUGUUAAUUCUAAAAUAGGGUAAUUUUUUAUAUUCGUGAACAUCAAACGACGUCGGAUGUGCACUCAUGGUCCCCCUCCCCCCUGUCGUGUACCGUCGUAAUAAGCAAAGACCCCCUCCCCCUUUUCAACGACGUAGUUUAUGGAUGCUCCCUGUCAGCAGUUGUACUGUUUAUGUAUAAUAUACAUAUUUCUUCUUUUGCUUAGUUCAACAAAAAGAAACCUAAUAAUUUGAAUUUACAACAGUUGUAUUUCUUAUUUAUCCGCUUCUGCUAUUUAAAAUGGUGCUAUCUUCUAAUAUUUCCAAUGUAAAUAAUCGACAAUUAACACAAAAAAAUUGACACUGCACAGAUUAGGUAAAAGAUAUAGUCCCGUUUUGGCUAAACUUCGAAGAGAAUGAAGAUGCAUUCAAAGCUUAAAAAUACAGUUGGGUGCCAACAAUUAUGUUAGUCAAGUUAAACAACAAAACAUUAAAUGCUCACGGAGAUGUAGAUAAGUCAAAAAUUAGUGUAAUUGUUAGUUAACUUUUGUAAGUAGCUUGUUAAAAAUACAAAAUGCGUUUUAGAAGACUGGACAAAUUAGUAUUAUGUUACAUGCUAAUUUACAUAUUUAUGAAUUAACAUUUUGAUUUACGCCAACAAAUAAUUUUGAAGGUAUAGUCUAACAAGCUAUCUUAAUAUUCAGCUGAGCGGGAUGCUAUUCGAGGUAUGAAAUUCGAUAAACAAGGGAUCUACCGGUUUUAAGAAAAUAUCCCUUGUUUACAUAAUUCACACCUCGAACCCCGUUCAGCUGAGUAUUAAUUAGUCUCUUAAAUAGCUUGUUAGACUUUACUGACAACUGAAAGGUUAAAAAGAUGUACUAGUACGGUUGUGUCUUUUUUAAGUGCUGAAAGGUUCGUUAAUGCGUUGAUUUUAUUUUUCUCUCUCUUAACACUUGUUUACAUUUCUAAUAUAACACAAGUCAGUUUCUUUCGCCUAAAUUAAAAAUAAGUCUUCAGUUUAUAUUACAUGCAAUAUAAAUUAGGAAUGAUUUUUAGUGCAAAAAUCAGAGUGCAAAAAAAUAGAUUAGGUUUUAGACCAUCAACAUACAAUAUACAUAAGAUUUUUCACGUAGUAGAAAAACAUAUUAAUUAAGACAAUAGUGACGUUGUGUCAUUACCAUUUUUGGUCAAUAUCUUUUAUAAACCAAAAUAUAAUGGAGGAGGAGAAAGCAGAUAUUUUGCUUUCAUCAUUGAUAACCUCAGAGAAUCCGUCCAUCCUUCCUAUUUUUAGCUAGUAUUAUCACUUUUUUGAUCAAUUAUUUUACAGUAAUACUACUAAUCUUGUUUUAUAAUUCAGUGGAAUCUCGGUAUACGACCUAAUCAAUUCUGGUUAUUUGAAUUUUGUGAAAAGACGACAGAAACAAAGUUUUCUUAGUUCGAAGGAACUUCCUAAUCUUAUCUUUCUAAUCUUAUCUUCCACUCGAUCUAAGGGACACUCGCUAACUCGCAACUUUUAAUGACAAACAUUUUCAAAUUAAAAUGUACACCGGCCAAUUCGUAACUUUUCUACUACCUGAACCUGCCAACUCGAAACCUUCUACAGGUGAAGGUUAUGAACCUGCUCAUGUCUAGGUUAAAGUUGUCCCCUCAUCCCCCUUGUAACAAAGUCUAUUAUGGUCUUAGAUGACACUUCUACGAAGUCUUAGGGAUCUGGUUGAUAAUGCUCAAAUGUAUUGAGUCUGAUCCUAUCCCAUCCUGGGCAGUUCCACAGAAUGUGUUCCGCCGUCUCGUCAUCAGCCUGAAAGAAUCUGCAAUUCGCACUCUCAGUAAGAUUUAUCUUACGAGACCUAGGUUAAGAUGCAGAUCACUUUUAUUCAUAUCUUUGGAUUUAUUCUUCGAAAAUUCGUCUAUAAAAGCCUUCGAAUGUUUAGAGACUAAUUUAAUCGUACCAUUGGUUACGUUUCAUCCGUUCCAUCCAGUCCAAUCUCGUUCUUUUACCUGUGUUUUGACAGGUUCUGGGUCUAUGCAUGUUUCUUUUGCCCUGCCAACUCUAUAGUGUAAGAUUGUAUGAUCUUAAAAGCUUAUAUUGCUAUGUUUAUUACAUUUUCUGCAAACAUUUUCAUGUCUAUUCAUUUUGUAAGGAAUUCUUCCAUUGUUGAAGAAUGUCUUUUUCCUUCUCUGACCUCUGAUUCAGAUAGUCUGUAGAUUUUACUUUCUGUGAGAAGAACAGAGGUGUAAAGAUAUAAUCCGUCACUGGGUGUUUAAACUAGAAUCACAUUCCCCAUACCCUACGGCAUAUGCCAGAAUACUUAAGAUUACAGGCACUAAGAUGGAUAACCAUUUAAAACGAUUUGAUAAUCAAAGCCAUAAAAUACUAUAUCUAUUCUUUACUUGUAGUACACCAAGCAAAUACAGUCGUAUACCGAGUAAAUUUUGUUACCUGUAUUUUGAGUGGAAAGUGUAUUAAGAUUGAAAAGUCAGUUUUUGGAAUUCUUUAAAAGAUCAUGUAUUGAGAGCAGAUGUAUCCUCUACCUUAUCUUCAUAAAAUCUGCUCUCCGAAUAGUUGGAUACUACGUUUAUUCUCAAGAUAAGCUCUUGAUCCUUCUGACGCCCGAUUGGUGCGGGUGGCGUAUCGCAGCUUGUGAUUGGUUAUAAAUUACUUUCUAACCAAUGACAAGCUGUGACGAUACGACACACCCAUCGAUCACGUGUCUCAAACUGUGACCUUGAGCAUAUCUUGGAAAUGAACGCAGCAUAGUAUGUUCAUAUUAUAUAAAAGACGCUCUUACACAAUAGUUUUUUAUUUCAAUUGAUUUUAAACAAGCAUUAUUAAUUUUUUAGAUAAUAUGUAACAGAAAAAUCUAAAAAUAAAUGUAUAACAAUAAAAUAACAUAUUUGAUUUGAAGCGUUUUGUAUUUUUAACAACGCUAUAUUUUGUAAAUACAUAACAUAAAAAACAAAACUUUUGAAUAAAAAUUUUUAUUGCAAUAUAGUGUGUAGCACUGUACCCUGGUAAACGUUUAUUAGACAAAAUUAGGGUAACUUAAGAUAACCAUUUUUAUACUAGUCUGAAAAAUUGUGAAACAAAAGCCUUCUGUGUUUUGUAUUACAAAAGAGAAGAGUGCAAAAAGAGUAAAUUAACAAUAUGUAAGAAUUUCUUGCUCACUUUAUGUUUUCUUAAUAUCAGGGCGAGGUAGUGUAUAUUUUUGAAUCUAAAUUAUUUACUUUAAGGUGCUACUACUAUACCCAGUCAAAACGUAUUUCCAUUAUGUCCCCCUUAAUUAUCACUUGAUAGUACAAAAAAAAUUUGUAUGAAAAGAGGGUAUGUAAAAUAAACUGUUGAAAACAAAGAUGUUAUUCGAAUUCACAAGAUUCACAAAACUCCAUUUAUCGCGGUGUGCAAGUACUUGGAAGUGAUACGUGAAACGAUCGUGUGCGAAUAGCGGAGAAAUAUUGCAACUUUCUUAAAUAAUUCAUAUUGUCAAUUGAAAUGGUCAAAUUGACGUACAUUUCAUAUCUACUGUCAUUGAAGAAGAAAAAUUAUAUGUUGCUCCACAAUAUUGAUAUGAUAUGCAAUUAUUAUAUAAAGGUAAAUUUAAUUAAUUGUAUUUUGCUUGCAGUACUGCAUUUUAAUAACUAAUUUUAUUUACUACAUACAAUUGUUUACGUUUUAAUGACAUAACCUGAAUCUUAUUUUUUCUUCUUAUUAUUUUUUUUUGGGCUAUGGCCUUGACAAUUAUCCAGUAACCAGGACUAAUAUAAUUUGCCAAUAUAAUUAAAAGUGCGAAUAAAGUUGCAGAGCGUAGAAAUAGGUGUCGCUUUGCCGAACUUGCACGGUCCCAAUAUCCCAUACGUUAUAGAAUGAUAUAGCAAUUGGGACCGUGCAAGUUCGGAAGAGCGACACCUGGUUUUAUAGCUCAGCAACAUUUUUAGCACUUUUAAUUAUAUUGGCCAAUUAUUAGUCCUGGUUACUGGAUAAUUGUCAAGGCCAUAGUCCAAAAAAAAUAAUAAGAAGAAAAAGUAAGAUUCAGGUUAUGUUAUUAAAACGUAAACAUUGCAGGAGUAGUAAAUAAAAUUAAUUAUUAAAAUGCAGUACUACAAGCAAAAUACAAUUGAAGACCUUGGGACCAGAAGGGGACAAGCCACAAUUUAGUCAAAAAUGAGUUGUAGAAAUCGCACACUUUAAGAUCAUAUUAAUGUCCCAAACAGAAAAUUUCAGCUGUUUUCUCAUAGAUGACGCCGCUGUAGUAAGUCCCGUUGUGUCACCAUAACUUUAUAUUGCAACAGAAGGAGACAAGCCACAGUAGUAAUCAACAUGGCGGCGGAACAUUACCGUGCAUGUAAACGGAAAAUAGACUUUUCUGAGUUUGAUUCUGAACACAGUGACCAAGAUCCGUUUUGAAAUAAAAGCGAAGAUGACAAAGACUAUACAGUAUCCGGAAGUAGCAGCGAUUCGGAAACUAUAAACUCAGGAACAGUAAGUUUAUUAAAUUUGUGGCUUAUCCCCUUAUGUUAUAUUUUUCGAACCUAAAAAUAUUAUGAUUGUUCUAAAGGUUUUUUGUGGCUUAUCUCCUUUUAGUAAAAUACCUACUUUAAUGUAGGAAAAUGAAUAGGUUUAUACCCUUCUCGAGGUCUCUUGCCAAUUUAAUAAAAGAAUUAAGCGCAAGGCUAAAAGCAAUGUAUGUUACGAAUAUAUAAAUACAAAAAGGAAGAAAAUAGAACCGAAAAAAUUAGAUGCACCUUGCGGUGGCACAACAUAAUGUAGGCAGAAAUUGGUGCUUGUCAAUAGAUUCUACCAGAUACUGAAAAUAAUGAACCACUGGAAGAUAUUGAACAUUUAUACGACUUUUUAGAUAUUGAAAAUAUUAACAACUAAAUUAUUUUAUUGUUGAUUUUAUGUCCAUUUUUUAGAAUAUAACUUUUUAUACAAAAGGGGAUAAGCCUCAUAUUUUUUCAAAAAAUGUUCAAAAACCGUUAAAUAAACAUUUGUGUUAUUUUUAUUGUGUAUUUAAUAACAUAUUUCCAAAUGAUUGAGGACCUUGCUUCCGAGAAAAAUGUAAAAAUUGGAUUUCAAGAUUUGAAAAUAAGUUUAAAAUGAUGUUUUCUCCAAAAUAUGGCAUGUCCCCUUCUGGUCCCAAGGUCUUCAAUUAAUUAAAUUCGCUUUAAUAAUUCCUUAUCAUAUCAAUAUUGUCGACCAACAUAUAAUAUUUACAAUUACGUAUUUUUUAUGGGAAAUAAGCCACAAUUUUACUAAAAAAUGAAUUUAUUAACGUUUCGAAGCCCAAAUCGGGUUUCGUUGUCAAAAUACAAAAUACUAUUAAAAUAAAACAAACAUGUUGUUGCUAAGUAAAAAAAUUCUUCUAAUAAUUUAUUUAAUCUGACUCAUUUAUAUUGGUAAUUCAGACGUAUAUUAUACAUUUUAAAGUAGAAGACUUUAAAAUGAUAUCGCCAAUAUUUAUGAGUUGCGUUCCUGGGACGACUUUACUAAAAGAUAGUUCAUUCGAUUACAUGAAAUCAAUCCCAACUCAAGAAUAUCCGUCGCAAAAAAAUCAUAGCAUGUGAUCUGUCUUUAAAAAGACAACCAAAUGCAACGAUGACAGUAAAAUUCUCGCGUUAGAGAUUCCAUAGUAAAUCACGAGGGAAAACCAGGAAAAAACCUCGUGAUACUAUCCCGACAUCGUAAGUAUUUGGUCUUACAUUUAAUCUACCUUCAAAAAACUAAUACCAAAUUCUGACUUUAAUAUGUUUAAAUUAUAAAUAAUAUUAAUAUUACAUAGAUAUACAAUAAGUAAUACUAAAAUAUAAAAUUUGUAAUAACUCAAUAUGUUAUUGACUUACUAAUCGUGGUAUUUUCUUUCUAUUGACUUCCUCUUUCAGUAUGGGUAACCACAUCCUACUGCAUUCUACCGAGGAAUUUGCGACACAAUUGGUUUCAUUUAGCAUAAUUAGAGCCGCUUCUUUGAUUUUUCUCUUUUUACUAUCUGAUUCUUUCAGGACUAUACUUGAAUGAAACCAAUUGUGUCGCAAAUUCCUCGGUAGAAUGCAGUAGGAUGUGGUUACCCAUACUGAAAGAGGAAGUCAAUAGAAAGAAAAUACUACGAUUAGUAAGUCAAUAACAUAUCGAGUUAGUACAAAUUUUAUAUUUUAGUAUUACUUAUUGUAUAUCUAUGUAAUAUUAAUAUUAUUUAUAAUUUAAACAUAUUAAAGUCAGAAUUUGGUAUUAGUUUUUUGAAGGUAGAUUAAAUGUAAGACCAAAUACUUACGAUGUCGGGAUAGUAUCACGAGGUUUUUUCCUGGUUUUCCCUCGUGAUUUACUAUUGAAUCUCUAACGCGAGAAUUUUACUGUCAUCGUUGCAUUUGGUUGUCUUUUUAAAGACAGAUCACAUGCUAUGAUUUUUUUGCGACGGAUAUUCUUGAGUUGGGAUUGAUUUCAUGUAAUCGAAUGAACUAUCUUUUAGUAAAGUCGUCCCAGGAACGCAACUCAUAAAUAUUGGCGAUAUCAUUUUAAAGUCUUCUACUUUAAAAUGUAUAAUAUACGUCUGAAUUGCCAAUAUAAAUGAGUCAGAUUAAAUAAAUUAUUAGAAGAAUUUUUUUACUUAGCAACAUGUUUGUUUUAUUUUAAUAGUAUUUUGUAUUUUGACAACGAAACCCGAUUUGGGCUUCGAAACGUUAAUAAAUUUAUUUUUUAGUAAAAUUGUGGCUUAUUUCCCAUAAAAAAUACGUAAUUAUAAAAAUGCCACAAGGAAAUAGCUUCAGAACAACAUAAUAUUUACAAUUUCUAACACAGCAUUUGCGAAAUCCCAUUUUCUUAAAUGACAGAAAUAUACCUCAAUUUGAUAAUAUGAAAUAUUUAAGAAAUAUGUUAGAAAGCUGCAAGGUUUCUCCGCGACUCGCGCCCGAUCGUUUCUCGUAUCCCCUCCAAGUACUUGCACACAGCGAAUAGUGGAUACUUCGUAAAUAUAACUCAUAUUUUAUUUUUUGUUGCAUUUUGCGGUUCCACUCAACUACAAAGAACAGAGAAGGGAGAUAUAAGAAAAAAUUUUGAGACACCUGGUAUAGUAGCCCCUUAACAAAGUAAUUUAAAAAUUAUAAAGUUGAAAUGUUUUAAUUGAUUUUUUAAUAUAAUUUUAGAUAAAAUUUGUAUUUUGAUGUGGACUUACCAAAAUCCUUUUAUGUUAAUGUUACGAUCUCUGAAUGAUAUGUGUAUCAAAAAUGAGAAAAAUCCUAUAUAAAAGUCUAUAAAAUAAUAAAAGAUUAGUGCAAUUCCUUAUAAUCCUAGUUCCUUGUUCCACGUAAAACAAUAAUUAAAUAAAAUGUAAAGUUUCUAUACCCUGAGCCGAAAUUAUCAAUUAUUUGUCUUCCAGGUUUAAACUGUAUAUAUUAAUUGAACUAUCAGUUUGUUGACCAAUCUCUACAUUUCGAGAAUUAUAUGCAGCUCCUUCAAGAGGAAUUGUUUUUCAUUGUAAGUAAAUGACUCAAAGUAAGCAGAGUUAAAGCGUGAAUCCGCUGAAGCCAUUCUGCAACGGCCUUAGGGUAAAAAAAAGAGAAGCGGCGAGUUUAACUGCGCGUUUUUUCGAUCAAAGAUGCCAGCGGCCCUUCACCUGCGUAUAGUGGAGCAGUGAACUAAUAUAGGUGGGAAUUGUAAGUUGGUAAACGACAUAGAAAAAAUUAAAUUUCUACAAAAUCUCAAACCGUUUAGGAGUUAUGAAAAGUCUAAACUGACAGGGCCGGCCUGCGUGCUGUGAAAAAUCGUAACAUUGCCCCCUCCUUAAGAGAUGGUUCCUCCUGGAAGCUUGUCGGGACUCGAAUUGGAUGCUGGUAUCGACAACUGGAUCCUCUUUUACAACUCUGUAUGUCAAGGGACGGUUUUGGCUCCUCACAAGUAACCAUAGUAACCGUGCGGAUUGCAACAGACUAGUACCUGGAAUUCGGUGUCGUUAAAGACUUCUUUCACUAUAUUUCGGAAAACCCUCCCAUCCAAUGGCUGAUUUAAUGAAUCGCAGUUAGACUCUUGACUGGCCGUUCCACUGUUUUUACCCUCCAUUGGCGUGGUUCUUCAGCAGUGGGGAUUGACAUUACCCCGUCAAGUCUCUGUUAGGCCGUUUUGCUGAACAGUGUGCUUGGUUGACUUUUAGAUACGAUAUAACGAGCAGCCUUAAUAAUUGAAACAAAAAUUUUUGUCAGAAAAAUACGUUUAUUAUCACUAAAAAGGUUAGUAUUAAAUCUUAUCCGGUAUAUACUUUCUUGAUAGCGAAGAAAUUAACAAAAGAUAUUUAACAAACUAAGUUAUCAAUCGAAGUAGCGCAGAAAACGACAAUAAAUAUCGCCUCCGUACCACCAGAUUGACACAGGUGGAAUACUUUCUUUGGUUACACCUCCUUAGAUUUUCAAAAUUUAUAAAUCAUACAGGGUGCCGAGGAAAUUAAGAUGAGAGAAUUUUAAAUAAUUCACAACUCAUCUACUCAGCGUGGUGAAGCUCCAACAAGAAAGAUUCCUUAAUACUCAAACAAAAGAGUAAACGAAUUAAAAAUGUAUAAACAUUCUCAAUUUCUUUGCAAAACGAAAAUGCAGCAGCUGCAUAAUACUCUGGUUAAAGCGGAGAGUGCAGGAAGAGUCUAUACCAGUUUCGGAGAUCUUUUUCCCCUCAUCAGUAAACCCAUAUCCUCUUCUCUCCGCUUUAACCAUUUACCAUAGCUUGGGCCUUCCCGAAUUGCAAAUUCGGGCCAUCUACCGAAAAACAAACUAAGUUAUCAAUCGAAGUAGCGCAGAAAACGACAAUAAAUAUCGCCUCCGUACCACCAGAUUGACAACAGGUGGAAUACUUUCUUUGGUUACACCUCCUGAGAUUUUCAAAAUCAUCUUAAUUUCCUCGGCAACCUGUAUGAUUUAUAAAUUUAUAAAAUAAAAUGAACUUCCAAAAUAAGAUAAAAAUAAAACGUAUCAUUCUUUAUGGAGUAAAGUUUAGUUAAUUUCAAUUAUAUUGUGGAUCAAAUAAGAAUAAGGUUAUUUUGAUGACACUUUUUAUAAAUUUGUAUAAUGACAAAACUGCUUCGAUACCGAUUUCCAAAUAACAUUUAGUAGAAAAACAACGAGCCAUGACGAAACAACAUGUGGAUCUGAGAGAUGGUGAUUUCUUAAUUCCUACUGGAAACUGAUAGAAAACGAAAAAAUAUAUAAACAAAGAUACUGGGAAACGAGCCCAGAAGAGAGAACAUUUGAGGAGAUUUAUGAUAGUAAGCAGUAUUUACAAAACCUGUGGUCGACAGUGAAAGAGACAAGGUUAACCCAUUCGCUGCCAAUCACGCGCCAGCGCGUGAUAUGGCUACCACAGUCAGGUGUAGUUCACGCGAUAACGAGUGAUCUGGUUACUUCAGUUAGGUGCCCGUUCAACAAAACGGCUCCUAUCUGAGUUCCAUCCUCUUCGAUAGGUAGCGAAUGUAUAAUGGUAAGGAUGAUAAUCCCAGAUAUUGAACACAAUAACAAGACCAGUUAUUUGUCCUGGUUUAUUAAUCCAGUGAGUUUUAUUAACUCUAUUCCCAGUUGCUUAAUUUCCUGUCUUGAAUGUAGCUUUACAUUAGCCUUUAAUAAGUUCAAAGAACUUUUGAUGAUUUCAAAAUCAAGUUCCUUAAUGAAAAAAUAUCCUUAUCAGUCCCAUUAUUAACAUAAUGUCCUUAUUCUUUAAUUAAACUUUAAAUAAAUAUAAAAAAUUAAAAAAAUUUGAGCAACAUAUUUUGUCUUUUCUUUCGCUCUCCACAUUGAUAGGUAUAUUAAAAUACAAUAAAUUUUAAAUUUACUAUUUAAGGAACUUUGUUGUUAGAAAAUUACCUCACAGCUACCUAAAAUAAUACGUGUACAAUUUUUUGCGCGUAUAUAUACAUUAUACGAACUCUUUUCACCAAUAUUUGCAAAAUUUUAAUCUAUAAAUAUACACCUUGCUCAAAUCAAUCAAGCCCUGUAUCUUUUGUGUUUUACGAAUUUUCAUUUAGUGAUGUAACAAUACAACAAAUAUAUCAGUGGUAUUAGUUUAUAGUAUUUUAUGACAGGAUAAGUCAAAAAACCUGUGUAUUAUUGUUAACUUUGUUUUGUCUAAUUGUGGAUUUUGCUAUGAUUUUUAAACAUACAUGUGUUUCAAUGGUUGCACUGUAAUUAAGGGUUUUAUAAACGGUUUGGAUCAAUUGGUAUGGGAAAGAAGACGAUUGUUGUGUGUAUUUUCAAUCGUAAUCGUAUUGGUUUUAGAUCAGCAAGUGUUUCACUCAUCACCAAAAGAUAUCAAAGAACAGAAUAACGUACAGUAUAAUGAUUAUCAAUAAUGUUUUUCAUACUACUUUACUUUUUCUAGUCUGGAUCCGACUACAGUUUUUUUGCCCAGUAUCUACGUCUACACUCUUUGUAUUUGCGAGCCAUAAAUCAUCGAGGGUGCACUGUGAUGGGCAAAGUCCGCUUUUUCCGUUUUUCUGGCGGCGUCUCAUUGUAAUUUUUGGAAGUCUUUUAUCUCCCAUUCGUUGAACGUGUCCAUACCAAGUGAGUUGGUUCCGUUAUACCUCUUCCACUAUUGUUUUCUGCUUACCUACUUUUUCUAUGAUUUUUUUCGUUUCGACCAUGGUCACACUUCGAUAUUCUGGCAGCUCUUCUAAAAAGAUCCAUUUCGGUAGUAAGCAGCUUAUUUUCGGAUUUUUUUGUCAUUUGCCACGCUUCGGAGCCAAACGUUAAAAUUGAUUUCAGAAUAGCGUCGUACAUCCUCAUUUUUGUAUUUAAGGUUAUGUUAUGUUGCCACAAGACAGGGUUUAGGGCUCUAGUAACCUUUCUAGCCUUCGUCACUCUUAUCAUCUAUACUGGGUUCCGUUCUUCCACUAUUUGUUAACUUCAUCCCUAGAUCUUUGUAAGAACAUACCUCUUCUAAUUGCUCAUUA